ACCACUGUCCCCGACCAUACCAAAUCAAACCAAAAGGCCCUACCCAUCCAACUUGCCAAGUCUUUACCCAACCAUGAAACCAGCUCUCAUUCUCUCCUUCCUCUUCCUUCUUCCCCAUUUCUUCGCCGGACCACCUCUCUUCGCAGAUGCCGCCGGUGGUCAAUGGCAACUUCUCCAGAAAAGCAUUGGUAUCUCCGCCAUGCACAUGCAAUUGCUCAACAACGACCGCGUCGUCAUUUUCGACCGCACCGACUUCGGUCCCUCCAAUUUAUCUUUGCCUGCAGGUAAAUGCCGUAACGAUCCCAACGACACUGUGCUUACAGUAGACUGUACGGCACACUCGGCGGAAUACGACGUCGCUACCAAUACUUUCCGACCACUUACGGUUCAGACCGACGUUUGGUGCUCCUCUGGCUGUGUUACCCCAGACGGUCGUCUUAUACAGACCGGUGGUUACAAUGAUGGAGAACGGAGGGUGAGGAUUUACAAGCCUUGCUCUGGUUGUGAUUGGCAGGAGAUAGAGCUUGGACUCGCGGCACGCAGAUGGUACGCGACCAAUCAUAUUCUGCCAGAUGGAAGACAGAUUAUCAUCGGUGGUCGGAGGCAGUUUAAUUACGAGUUUUAUCCGAAAACCGCGUCUGCUUCGAAUGUUUAUAGUUUGCCAUUCUUGGUUCAGACCAACGACCCGAAGAUAGAGAACAAUCUCUACCCUUUCGUUUUUCUCAACACUGAUGGUAACCUUUUUGUUUUCGCCAACAAUCGGGCUAUCUUGCUCGAUUACGUGAAAAACAAGGUCUUGAAGACGUACCCCGAAAUUCCCGGUGGCGAUCCCAGGUCUUAUCCCAGCACUGGCUCUGCCGUUCUUCUCCCACUGGAAAAUCUUAAAGCGAAUUUUAUCGAAGCUGAGGUUUUGGUCUGUGGUGGAGCUCCGAAAGGUUCGUAUACGGAAGCCAUUAAACGGAAUUUCAUUGGAGCUUUAAAAACAUGUGCACGGAUUAAAAUCACCGACCCGAAUCCUCAAUGGGUGGUGGAGACCAUGCCUACGGCAAGAGUCAUGGGAGACAUGACGUUGCUUCCAAACGGCAACGUUUUGAUCAUUAACGGAGGGGCAGCGGGAACAGCGGGAUGGGAAUUGGGCCGGAACCCAGUAUUGAACCCAGUCAUAUACAAACCCAAUAACGCAGUCGGGUCAAGAUUCGAAUCGCAAAACCCGAGCUCCAUACCCAGAAUGUACCAUUCGACAGCGAUACUACUCCGAGAUGGGAGAGUACUAGUAGGUGGAAGCAACCCGCAUGUGUAUUACAAUUUCACAGGUGUGAUAUUCCCAACUGAUUUGAGCCUGGAAGCUUUUAGCCCUUCGUAUUUGGAAGCACAGUUCUCGAAUCUGCGUCCGAGAAUAGUAUCUCCAACUUCCCAAACGAAGCUCGCGUACGCACAGAAGCUUGCUGUUCGGUUCACGGUGACAGGGACGGUGGCGACGAAAUUGGUGUCGGUGACGAUGGUAUCGCCGUCGUUUACGACGCACUCGUUCUCGAUGAAUCAGAGACUGUUGGUGCUUGGCGCUGAGAGCGUGAGAAAUUUAGGGAAAACGACGUACGAAGUUCAGGUUACGACACCCAGUUCGGGUAAUCUUGCACCUUCGGGCUAUUAUCUUUUAUUCGUGGUUCAUCAAGAAAUUCCUAGCCUCGGAAUUUGGGUCCAGAUUGUGUGAGUCACGUACAAAAUGGUCUUUUUCUUUGUUAUUAUUAUUUUUUUUUUCGACAUUUUAUAUUCUUGAUUGAUAGAUCAACAGAAUAUUUAAUUUAUAGAAAAUUAUUAAGAUUUUGUUAAUAAUUUGCAAUAUAUAUUAUUCAGAGUCAAAA